GGUGAGGGUAUUGAGCCACAACUCUUCGUAAUGGACAUGGAUAGCGGAAAGGCUAGCAGUUUGAUCAAGGGAAUUGAAAAUGCUCACUGCUUAACGAUAUCGGAUGAUGGGACAGUUUAUGUCGGCCAAUUGGGGCCGAAUCAGAUUGUGGAGCUCUCUCUGCUGGAUCAGAAGUAG